UCCAAAAGCAGUAACUCCGUAUUUCAUCCCCGAUAGCUACCCCCGUCCUCCCGUCAAUCACCGCUAAUCCCGUCCACUCCGUUCAUGUUCUUACUGGUGUCAUCUGCAGAGCAGCGGAAAUAAUGCCACCCGCCGCCGCAGCUACACGGUUUUAAGAAACCCCAUGUGGAAACAACUACUAGAUAGUUCGUUAUAAAAAACAUGACUUGCUUAUGAAGCGUAAAGCUUUCAAGGUGAACGGCGAAAUUAGUUGCGCAUGUGUAAUCAGCUUACGGCAGCCCCUGAUUACAGAAUGUGGUGCCAUGACAAACCUUACGCCUUUCUACCUAGAUCGAUAACCUAUCACAUGAUAUGACGGUGAAUUACGACCUCCAAUAUUGUGCAGGAAGAGGGGAGAAGGGGGUAGGGUAAUAAUCUGCUAGACGUAGAUAAAUAGGAGGGGCCGCCGCCGAGAUGAAGACCAUAGCUCACAUCAAACUUCUCAGAGUCGAGACACUAGCAAACUCGGAAUCACAACCCCUUUAUCCAUAUAUAUAAACCUACGAAACAAUACCUCAAUGGCCAAGUACAACAAGCUCGCUGGCAAGCACGUCCUCGUCAUCGGCGGCAGCAGUGGCAUUGGCCGCGGGGUAGUCGAGGGCUCCAUCGAAGCCGGCGCUCGCGUCACGCUGUCCGGCUCUUCGCCCAAGUCCGCCGCGACAGCCCUAGCCGAAGUCAAGGCCGCAUACCCUACCGCACAAGUAGCAGGCAUAGCCUGCGACCUAUCCAAGGACUCCGUAGAAGAGGACCUGGAAGCACUAUUCAUCGAGGCUGAGAAACCGCAGCCCAUCGACCAUGUCGUCCUCACGGCGGGAGAUCCGCUACUAACCGCGGACGUGCAGGACAUCACGCUGGAGAAGAUCCGGCAGGUAGCGCAUUUCCGCAUGGAACUGCCCCUGCUGCUGGGCAAAGUAACCGCGCGCCGCCUCGCCAAGAGCAACGAGUGCAGCCUGACGAUCUCCACGGGCGGCAUUGCCGACCGGCCGAACCCCGGGUGGAGCAUGAUCGCGUACGUAGCGGCGGGUCUAACGGGGCUCGCGCGCAACUUGGCGGUCGAUCUCAAGCCCGUUCGUGUCAACGCCGUAGAGCCGGGGUUCGUGAUCACGGGACUAUGGGGGGCGAUGGGGUUGACGGCCGAGCAGUUGGAGGGGCAGGCUAGGGCUGUCGCGGAGAAGGUCCCGACGGGUAGGGCGGCGACGGUGGAGGAUGUGGCGGAGGCGUAUUUGUAUUUGAUGAAGGAUAGGAAUGCGACGGGGGAGAUUGUGAAGACUAGGAGCGGUAGUAAUUUGGUUUAGGGUGAUGUGCUAUGAGGCUUUAGGGCUUGUCUAAGGGGGAAGGGGUGUCGUUAGGGGGUGAGGCAUACUCCAUGUUACUACCCGUUGCGGCUGAGU